AUGGCUCACGAAACCGACAUCCCCACGCAUUGCAAAGCCGGCGUCGUUGUCAACGAAGGCCCCGAAUUCCACGUUGAAGUUCAGACAGUGCCGGUCCCUGAGCCAGGAAUCUGCUCUUCCGACCUCCACAUGAUGCAGGGAGACCUGGGGAUGCCACCCAUGUCCGCGUUUGGGGUCCGGUCUCCCGGGCACGAGGGCGCCGGCGUGGUGGUCAAGGUUGGCGCCAACGUCCAGAAUUUCAAGGUAGGUGAUCGAGCUGGUGUCAAGCCGCUACUUGAUACGUGUGGAGCGUGUGAGCUGUGCUGGGGGGAGAGGGAAAUGCACUGCCAGCGCGGUGUUCACACCGGGCUCAUGGCGCCGGGAACGUACCAGCAGUAUAUUGUGUCGCCGGCGCGGUAUGCAUCGGCGAUCCCCGACGGCGUGCCGGAUGAAGUCGCCGCGCCGAUCAUGUGCAGCGCGGCGACGAUGUAUCGGUCUCUGACUGAAUCUGGCCUGCGGGCCGGGAACUGGGCUGUUUUCCCCGGCGGUGGCGGCGGUGUAGGCAUCCAGGGCGUGCAGCUGGCGAAGGCGAUGGGGAUGCGUCCGAUUGUAGUGGACACGGGCGCGUCCAAGCGGAACUUGGCUCUGGAGAUGGGCGCUGAGCAGUUUGUGGACUUUCGGGAGGUAGCUGACGCUGCAGCUGCGGUGGUUGAGAUUGCGGAUGGCAUUGGAGCACAUGGGGUCUUUGUCACCGCGCCUGCUGUGUACAAGACAGCUCUGUCGUUUGUGGGUAACCGCAUUGGGGCUGUGGUGAUGUGUGUAGGGCUUGCUCCGCGAGACUCAGUGACUUUGGGCUGUGACCCCAAUUCGCUUAUCUUCAAGAGUUUGACCGUCAAGGGUACACUGGUUGGAAGUCGGCGGGAUGUUGCUGCUGCGCUGGAUUUUGCACGUCGCGGACAGCUGAAGCAGAUCUGUGAGGUGUACCCUAUUGAUCGCUUACCAGAGGCAGUGGACAGAUUGCGAAAGGGCCAAGUGGCCGGGAGAAUGGUGGUGAAGUUUGAUUAG